AUGGCGGGACGGGUGGUGUUCAGGGUUCUCCGGAACUUUGCACCCAUUGAGUGGCUUCGGACUCAUCCUCCCGUCCGGACAGUUCAUUUCAGCCCCGCUUUGUGCGCGGGUCACAAUAAGUGGUCCAAAGUGAAACAUAUUAAAGGACCUAAAGAUGAAGCCAGGGGGCGAAUGAUAGCUAAAUUUGGACUAAUGAUAAAGAUUGCAGUGAAAGAGGGUGGACCCAAUCCUGACAUGAACGCCAAUUUAGCCCAACUUCUGGAGCAGUGCAGGAAUAAAAACAUACCAAAAGCAUCCAUUGAAACUGCAAUCAAGAAUGCGGAAAAGGCAAAACCGGCGUCGCAGCACAUGUUUGAAGCUCGCGGACCAGGUGGAUGCUUUCUGCUCAUUGAAGUUCUGACCGACAACAUCACGCGCAGCCAGCAGGACGUCCGACGGAUUCUCAGUAAAAAUGGGGGAACAUUCUCGGACGGCGUCCGCUAUAACUUCAGCAGGCGGGGCGUGGUGGCCGUGCCCGGUCGCGGCGUGACAUCGGAGCGAGCUCUGGAGUUGGCAAUCGAGGCCGGAGCGGAGGACGUACAGGAGACUGAAGACGACGAUGAGGACGAGGCGCCACUCCUGCAGUUUAUCUGUGACAACGCGGACGUGAGUAAGGUACGAGCGUCCCUAGAGGACAUGGGGAUGAACGUGACGUCGGCCGGCUCAGAGUUUUUCCCGACCUUGCUUACGCCACUGGAGCGGGAGCAGCUGGAGGCGGCUUCAGCGCUCAUCGAGGCCCUCAGUGACUGUCCAGAUGUGGUACGGGUCUGGGAUAACGUCCAGGUUGAGAGCUGA